CAACGUCUGAAUGUCUGGUUUAUUUGCAUUGUUUUGUGUACAAUAUUGAUAAAAAAUAAUUUUAAUCAGCGUCAUUUUACUGUACUACACUGCAGUCAGUUUAUACAAGUGAAAUGACAACCCUACUUUUUAAACUAUACGUCUUUGUGCAAGUUUAAUUUAACAAAAUGUUUACUAUAAAAUAUAAGGCUACUCGUGAAUGUAGAUGAAAAGUAUUUCAAAUAAUGGAAAGAAAUAAAAGGCAAAGAGGAGUGUAUGUAACUGCUAAACAAAAGAAGAAGUUAAUAGAAUUAAUGACAAAACAUCCUGAGUUGAUAUCAUGCAGAGUUACACAGGAUUUCAACUAUAGUGACUCCCAACAACUGUGGCAUAGUAUCGCUAAUGAAUGCAACUCAAUACCCGGCGCGAGGAAGUCUUGGAGGCAGUGGAGAAAAACUUGGCAAGAUUUGCGAUCAAAAACAAAGAAACGGCAAGCUGACACAAAUGGUGAACUACCAAAUUCAGUAGUCAUGCUAACACCAGCAGAACAGGAAGUUUUGGGUCUAAAGAAUGUAUCCUCUACAAGUCAGACUCCUGAAUUUGUACCUCUCGAGGAACAUAACAACCAGGAUAACUUUGACAAUGUUAAUGAGUCAACUGCUUCAUACAGUGACGCUGACUCAGUUCCCGAAGAAAAAGUAUUCACUGAACCUCCUGAAGUAAAAACAAAACAUAAAAAUAACACAAAACAAAAUACCAAACACACAAACGAUUGUGCUUUCAAUUGUGAUAUGUUAGCAGUACAGGAACAACGAAAAAUACAAAUCAAAGAGGACUAUUUAAACUUUAAGAAGGAUUAUUUAAGGCAGAAAUUAGUAUUGAUGAAGGAACAGACAGAAGCAUUGAAAAGUAUUGCUAAAGAGCUUUGUAUGAAUAAAUGAAUGUGGUGGAGCAUGGCAAGAGUGACAAGAUAGAUUAUCUAUGAACUAAACUGCUGGCAGUAUGGAAAUUGGCUUUCCUAUUAAUUUCAUCAUGAGUAUGGCUACUCAUGCAAAAAUGAAUCAAGUGAUUCAAAGAUGAAUAUGUAACUAAACAUAGAAAACAACUGGGGAUAAAAAAUACCAAUGUAAUCAUUUUAAUUUUACACUUUUAACUAGUCAACCAAUAAGGUUUUUGUGUGUGAAUCUCAAAUAUGACUGUUUUUUUUUUUGUAUAGGUACUUACCCUAUUUCAAAAUUGAUUUAUUUUUAUUUGUAUAAAAGAGAAUAUUUUAAAUAUUAUUACAAUGGAGUUUGUAAAUGAGAAAUAACUUUUUUUUAAACAAUACUCCUGUGUGAUUUCUUGAGCAAAAUAACAUGAGUAAUGAAAAUUUAUUGCUCAGUCUUUUAGUUUAGGCUACAUUAUUAAACUGUCAAAUACCAAGCGGUCACCGGUGACCGCAACCUAUUGUUCUAUAAUUGUGUCUACAA